AUGGGUCGUCGAGUCGUCUCCGGCGGCUGUCACCCGGCGGAGUGGAAAAAUGGCGACUUUGCGGCUCUCCAGCAGCUGUCACCUGACGGAGAGGAGCUGGAUGGAGGUGGGGCACGUGUCAAGGAGCUUCAUCCUCAGGUCUGCGCAGCAAGAGGAGGCUCUUCAUCGCAUCUAGUACGCUCUCAGGAGGUGGUGACUCGUCUCCCGACAGAUCGUCCUCUUCCCGACGACGGCUUGUUCGUCGAUCAAUCGAGAGAUGAUUUACUCGAUGGAUUUGCAAUCCUUUUAUCGCGAAUCGUUCAGCAAUUUUAGUAGCAAUGCUCCGCAAAUCGCGUUGACGAGAUUUUCGCCGAUGAUCCAGCGAUUCUGGUUGCUUAAUCCUUCACUAGCGAUCUGCAGGAAAGUCGCGAUAAUCAGAUAAAAAUAUAUGACUUUUGACUCUGGAGGAUUCGAACCCGCGCCGGUUGUUCGCCCCUUCUGAGGAAGGUGUGACGCGGGUUUAGUCCCACAUUGGUUGUGCGCCGAUUUUUCAGGCGAAUAUAUAGUAAUGUUAGCUUUCUAAGCAAAGUCCCUUUUCUCGCGUGUACGACCACUCCUUGACCCACAGCCAGCUGGCCACUGGUGACGUGGAAGGGGAGUGGCGCACACGUGCCCCCAUCGGUCCAAGCCGCUCGAGCCCCUGCUCGCGGCUACUCCCCGACUGAGCUUCCGACCCGCUUGUAGGCCCGGCUGGCCGGCGAGUCCCCCAUUUUGCAAUAUUUUUAUUUUUAUUUCUUGUUCUUUAUUUAUCUCAAAAGUAAGAUUGUAAAAAUCAUAUAAAAUCACAUAAUUACCCAAAAAUUUACGUUAAUCAACUGAAAACCACUUUUCACACUUUAACACAAAUAUAAGUCUAUUUAUCAUGAGUUAAGGCUAAAACUAUAUUAUUUAUUAAUUAUUAACUCAUGAUAAUGAAGACUUAUCAAGGAGGCUCUUCCUCACAUCUGGUAUGCUCUCAGGAGGUGGCAACUUGUCUCCUGAUGGAUCGUCCUCUUCACGACGACGUCUUGUUCGUCGAUCAAUCGGAGAUGCUUUACUUGAUGGAUUUGCGAUCCUUUUAUCAUGAAUCGUUCAGCAAUUUUAGUAACAAUGCUCUGCGAAUCGUGUUGACGAGAUUUUCACCGAUGAUCCAACGAUUCUAGUUGCUUAAUCCUUCACCAGCGAUCUGUAGGAAAGUCGUGAUAAUCAGAUAAAAAAUGAAUUUUGGCUCUAGGAGGAUUCGAACCCGCACUGGUUGCCCGCCCGCUCUAGGAAGGUGACGCGGGUUUAGUCCCACAUCGGUUGUGUGCCGAAUUUUCGGGCGAAUAUAUAGUAACGUUACAUCUCUAAGCAAGUCCCUUUCUCGCGCGUGUACCACCACUCCUUACCCCACAGUCGGCUAGCCACCGGUGACGUGGAAGGGGAGUGGCGCACACGUGCCCCUAUCGGUCCAAGCCGCUCAAGCCCCUGCUCGCGGCUACUCCCCGACUGAGCUUCCGACCCGCUUGCAAGCCUGAUUGGCCGGCAAGUCCCCCUCAUUUUGUCUUAUUUUUAUUUUUUAUUUCUUUUUCUUCAUUUAUCUCAAAAGCAAGACUGUAAAAAUCAUAUAAAUUCGUAUAAAAUCACAUAAUUAUCCAAAAAUUCACAUUAAUCAACUAAAAACCACUUUUUAAACUUUAACACAAAUAUAAGUCUAUUUAUCAUGAGUUAAGACUAAAACUAUAUUAUUUACUAAUUAUUAACUCAUGAUAAUGAAGACUUAUCAAUCCACAUCCUUGAAAGCUCUCCUCAGACAACGACAACGUGGACAAUCUCUAGAUCUUCUUGUGAAGUCUAAAGAUCAAUAAAAUGGGUCAUCGAAUCGUCUCCAGCGGCUGUCACCCAGCAGAGAGGAGCUGGAUAGAGGUGGGGCGUGUGUCAAGGAGCUUCAUCUUCAAAUUCACGCAACAAGAAGAGGCUCUUCAUCACAUCUGGUAUGCUCUCAAGAGGUGGUGACUUAUCUUUUCGUGGAUCAUCCUCUUCCCGACGAUGGCAUACUCAUCAAACAAUUAGAGAUGAUUUACUCGAUAGAUUCACAAUCCUUUUAUUACGAAUCAUUCAGCAAUUUUAGUAACAAUGCUCUGCGAAUUGUGUUGACAAGAUUUUUUAUCAAUAAUCAAGCAACUAUGGCAGCUUAAUCCUUCACUGGCGAUCUAGAGGAAAGUCAUGAUUUAAUUAGAUAAAAGUAUGACUUUUGGCUCUAGUAGGAUUCGAAUCCACACUAAUUGCUAGCCUACAUGAGAGAGGGAAUAAGUUCUCGAAUACCUUUAUACAAUGACAUCAUCAUGAUAUUUCGUUGUUAUAAAUAAGGGAUAUUUUUAGUAUUAAAAUCAUAAAAUCAUUCCUAGGUAGGUGUGACCACCGGUUUAGUCUCACAUCGCUUGUACGUUGAGUGUUGAGAUAGAUAUAUGAUAACGUAAGAUUUGGGAAUCAAUGAGUCCUUUUCUCGCGUGUGUACGAUCACUCCUUGCCCCACAACUAGUUGGCCACUUGUGACGUGGUAGGGGAGUGGCACGCACGUGCCCCCAUGGUCCAUGGUUGCUCAAGUCCCUACUCACAACUACGCCCUGACUGUGCUUCCGAGUUGCUUGUGGGCUCGGCUGGCCAGUGAGUCUCCACCCUUUUUCUAUUUUUUUAUUUUAUUUUAUUUUUCUUUAUUUAUCUCAAAAAUAACAUUAUAAAAAUCAUAUUUCUUUUAUAAAAUUACAUAAUUAGCCAAAAAAUCACAUUAAUGAACUAAAAUCACUUUUCACAAUUCAACACAAACAUAAGUCUAUUCAUCAUGAGUUAAGGCUAAAAUUAUAUUAUUUAUUAAUUAUUAACUCGUGAUAAUGAAGACUUAUCAAUGACCCUCCUAAAUAUGGAAUUCCGACAAUUGCUAUCACGAGAGCAGAACUCUAUCUUUUCUACUUUUAACUUAAUUUUUACUUCAUUUAGUGAUAAUUUUUGUGAUUUAAAUUUACCAAACUAUUCUCCAUACAAUUAUGAUUCUUCUUAUUUUUACAUAUCUUAAUUUGACCAAUUAAAUCAUCUAUAAUCACUUACGUAAAAAUCAUCGAAUGAAACUCUGUUUCUACCUCAUUCUCAUUCGUCGACCACCAACAUCAGCUUGACAUCUGCAGCCCUUAUUUCCCUUUUUGUGAAUUUUAAAUAUAUUUUAUUUUUAGUUCUUAGUCUAAACUUAAUAAAAAGUUAUAUUUUUGUGAACAAUUCUAAAAUAUUUCCAAAUAUUAUUUUACAUCCCUGUGAUCAACUUGGAAAAUUACCAAUAUUUUUGGAAAUUUUUAUUGAAUUAGAAUUGAUUUAUUUUUUCAGAGAUACUUCUAAAUAUCUGAAAAUUGUUUUUUCUAGUUUUAUAAAUUUUAAAUUUACAUGAUUUACUAUACAACGACUAAGUCACAUCAAACUUGCUGCCAUUGCUAGAGAUGUAUUACAUAAUAUUUGGUAUUUUUUGAUUUUUCUCUUAGAGUACAAAAAAAAAACUCUUAUUUUUAAUUUCUUCUUGCAAAAAACUUAAAAACAAAAGAGCAUGAAGAGGAGCAAGACGAGGACUAGAGCAAAUUGAAGAAAGGGAAUAAUUAUCAAAAAAAAAAUCUUGAAUUGAUUGAUUUUUAUGCAUGGUAGAAGAUCCUUACACCCAAGGUUAGAAAACUCUUAUACUAUCUUGUCCAAAACCAAAAACUCGAAAGAAAAAUCAAUUCUGAUAGAUCUUUAGCAUCCAAAUAGGGUCCCAUUAACACCCACUAUUAAAUUCAAAAUUAAUCUAGAAAUUUUCCAAAUACUCUCUAAUUUUCAUAUAUUACCUUUAGAGGAACCUCAUUAGUAUUUAGAAAAUUUUCAUAUGAUCUGUAAUUUAGCUAAUCUCCCUCAAGUUACACCAAAAAUUAUUAAGAUGAAAUUAUUUCCUCAUACACUUAGGGACAAAGCUAAUUAUUAGUUAUCUACAUUAGAUAGAGAAUUAGCUAUCCACACUAGAAUAUGCCUUUCUUUGAAAAAUUUAUUCCAUAGAAAAAACUCAAAAUAUGAGAAAACAUAUAUAGAAUUUUGCUCAAAGGCUAAGAGAAAUUUUACAUAAGUCAUGAAAAAAAUUCAAAGAUUUGCUUUGAAACUGUCCUCAUCAUACUAUACUUAAGUGGGAGCUCAAUAGAAUUUUUUAUGAUGAAUUAUUAAAACAACAUAGAAAUAUGGUUGAUUCUAUAUGUGGAGUUUUUAUGGAGAAAACCCCUAAUGAGAUUUACAACCUUUAUGAGAAUUUAAGUAAAAAUUCUAAAGAUUAAGCCUCUUUUGAGUUAUGUGAUAGAGAUAAGAAGAGAAAAAUUUAUGAGGUACAUUAUGAUGAUGAUUCUAAUUUAAGAAAUGAGAUUAUUCAAAUUAAUAAAAGAUUAGAAAAACUUGAUUUAUUUAUGACAAUAUUAGAAAGCCUCCUAACCCUCAAUUUAAUGCAUAUGGUACCUAUCCUAUAUAUCAUGAAAAUGAUCAUUUCGAAUUUCAAUAUUAUAAUUUUGGUCAAUCAUUUUAACUUAGGCAAGGGCAAGUGCAAGUACCCCAUGAUUUUAGUCAAAAUAGGUAGUAUUUUUUUAAUUCUUAUAAUCUUAAUUAGCAGAAUAAUUUUUCGUAGAGAGAUCCAAAUAAUAUUCAAAAUUCAAAAGCACUUAGACCCAAUUUAAAUUUUGAAUUUCGUCCAAAAUAGGAACAUAAAUUUCAGAAAAAUCAGCCCUCUCAAACCCAACCUGAUUUUAUGGAUAUGAUGCAGCAAAUGAGUCAAAUGAUGUAGCAACUAAUGAACUAAAUGAUAUUUUAGUGAAAAUAAUUUAUAAAAGCUUUUGAAAAAAAAAGAGAAAAGGGACAGCCACCUAGUCAGCCCAUAGAAAAUUCAAGAAAUUGUCUAAUAGUAGGAUUUCAGUAAGGAGAGUCUAGCUAGAUAAAUUUAAGAAAAAAACCAUGAAAUGAAAAUUUUAGGACAAUGAAUACAUUGAGUGAGAAUAUUUUACCUGAUCCUUAUUUCCAAUUAUUAAAGAAAAUAAAUGAGCCAUUAAAAGUAAAUGAGAAUAUUAAAGUUGAAAAUAUAGUACUAGAAAAUUUGAAUAAAAACAUUUAUUACUCACAAUGGAUGAAUGAAUAUAGUAAUGAUGAUGAAAAGAAAGAGUCCCUAAAUGAAGAAACAACAACUAGUCAUGAAAAAAAUCAUCAAAAUUUAGUAGAAGGGAGUAAGGAUAGAAAUGAGGAAAAAUAGAUUUCAGGUGAGUAAAAGCCAAUUGAUUUGAGAGAUGUAGGAGACAAAAUUAAUAAAUCUAAUUAGUAUUUUACAGCGAUGCAUGUUGGUAGUGAGGAUGAUGAUGUAUAUCAUAUACCAAAAUUAGAAGAUAGCUUUCAGAAGAUGAAGAAUUUGAUGAGUUGAGAAAUGAAAAGCUAGAAAAAGAGUUGAUUCAACUAAUAGGGAGAAACGAAAAUAAUGAAUAUGAAUAUAAAGAUAAUUUUAGAGGAGAAAAUUUGAAUUUUAAUGAAUUCAUUAGAUCUGAGAUUAAAGUAGACAAUUCUUCCAUCCUUCAAAACCUACAGCCCAUUAGAAUUAAGUCUAAGAUUGAAAUAUUUCACUCCUCACAAAUUGAACAAAUAUGUAUGGAAGAUAAAAUAGAGCAAGGGAAAAUUAUGCAGAAAAAAAUACAUUAAGAAACGGGUGAGUAGCGAAAUUAGAAUAUCAAUUUAGAUGAAAAAAAUUAGAAAGUAUUUACUAAUGAAUGAGAGCCUUACAAAACAAGAUAAAAAUAAGAAAAAUAUUUUCAACUUAAUUUUUAUUUUAUUUAAUGAUAAUUUGUGUGAUUUAAAUUUAUCAAACUAUUCUUCAUUCAAUUACGAUUCUUCUAGCUUUUACACAUCUUAAUUUGACAAAUUAAAUCAUCUGUAAUCACUUACAAAAGAAUUACCAAGUAGAACUCUGUUUCCACACGAUUCAUGUUCGUUGGGUGCUAACGUCAUCUUAAGGUCUGCACCCCUUAUUUUCCUUUGUUGUGAAUUUUUAAUAUAUUUUAUUUUUAUUUCUUAGUCUAAAAUUUAUAAAAAAUCAUAUUCUUUGUAGAAAAAUCUGAAAUAUUUCAAGAUAUUAUUUUCCAUCCUUAUGAUCAACUUGAAAAAUACCAUAUUUUUGGGAAAUUUUAUUGAAUUAUAAUUGAUUUAAUUUUUCAGAAAUACUUCUAAAUAUCCUAAAAUUGGUAUAUUCUAGUUUUAUAAAUUUUAGAUUUACAUGAUUUACUAUACAACCACUGAGUCACUUGAAAGAGGCUCUUCAUCACAUUUGAUACGCUCAUAGGAGGUGGUGACUUGUCUCUUAACAGAUCGUCCUCUUCGCGACGACAACUUGUUUGUCAAUCAAUUAGAGAUGAUUUACUCGAUAGAUUUAUGAUCCUUUUAUUACAAAUCAUUUUGUAAUUUUAGUAACGAUGCUCUGUGAAUCACGUUGAUGAGAUUUUUGCUGAUUGAUUAAGCAAUUUUGGCAGCUUAAUCCUUCAGUAGCGAUCUACAAGAAAAUAAUGAUUUAAUCAAAUUAAAAAUACAAGUUUUGACUCUAGUAGAAUUCAAACUCGCUGGUCGCCUGCCUACAUGAGAGAGAGAGAAUAAGUUCUCAAAUAUCUUUAUAUAGUGACAUCAUCAUGAUAUCUCGUUGUUAUAAAUAAGAGAUAUUUUUGAUAUUAAAAUCAUAAAAUCAUUUUGGGGAAAGUGUGACUAGGGUUUAAUCUCACAUCGGUUAUAUGUUGAAUUUUGGGACGAAAUAUAGUAAUACAAGGUUUGGGAAUCAAUUAGUCUCUUUCUCGCAUGUGUACGACCACUCCUCACCCCAUGCCCAACUGGCCACCAGUGACGUGGAAGGGCGGUGA